AAUAAUAGUGACCAAUUAAAUGUUGAGUUAUGAAAAUUUGAAUAUUGUGUUCAAAAAUUAAGUUUUUUUGAGUUUUUAUCUUUUAGAAUUUUUAUGUUUAAAUUCCACACAAGUAAUCACACGAAGAAAGAGAGAUACAUGUAGUGAUGUCUUAACCAAGACUAGUACAGUAGAGGGUUUUGGUGAAAAGCCAGUUUUGCCCCUAGACCACUGUACUAAGCGAGUAGGAGUCGCUAUAAAUUCCUCUCAACAUUCGAAUAACCAACUGAACGCCAAACAGAAAGAAAAUAGAGGGAGAUUGUUGAUCUUCUAUCUAGGCGAUUACUAAUAAGAAUCACUUGGUGGUGGGGUUUUAAUUGUAUUGAACCAGUAUCAUUGGUAAUUCGUUGUGUUUAGUCAGAGUGGUGUUCAAUAGUGUUGAGUUGAAUCAAUCACACUAAUUUAGCGUUGCGUUAUACGCAGAAAGAACUAUUGCGAAGAUAACCUACAGGCGAUUACUAAUAAGAAUCACUUGGUGGUGGGGUUUUAAUUGUAUUGAACCAGUAUCAUUGGUAAUUCGUUGUGUUUAGUCAGAGUGGUGUUCAAUAGUGUUGAGUUGAAUCAAUCACACUAAUUUAGCGUUGCGUUAUACGCAGAAAGAACUAUUGCGAAGAUAACCUACAGAAUGGAUUCUUGAACCAAAGCAGUGGGUAUUCUAUCAAACAAGCUGUAGUAUGUUGGAUGUUAUACUUGUAGUGUUUUCUGCACAUUUAUCUUUGUGAAAUAUGAUAUACUGUCGGAAUAUGAUGUAAACAAAAUAUGGAGGUGUUCCAACUCUUUAUUUAUGAUGAAUUAAAAGAGUUUUUGCAACUUGCAAAGAAUGCUCAAGUGGUUUCUCCUGAAAUAAGAAUAUUGGAAACAAUUGUGAAAAAAAAGGUGUGGUCCAUAUCAGAUAAAAAUGAUUUGCUACACAGCUUGUCUAUGUUGUUGUUAUCAUCCGAAGAAUGUCUUUCUGGUAUCCUGUCAUCCGCUUUUGCUUUUUUGUUACCAGAAUUAUAUUUCAGAGCUGUUGAGACAGUUACAAACACAAAUGAUAGAAAUUUAAACUUCUCUAGUUUGCUUGCAUCACUCCUGAGGAACUCAUGUGAAAUACUUAAUUAUGGUGUGCUUGUGGAGAAAGAAAUAUUUCGAUUGUUACAAUGGAUGAAAGAAGAAGUUCAAGAAUUUGUUGACAAUUUUAAUGUUAUUUUCAAUUAUUUGAGUUUACUAAUCACUUUAAUGGAUGCUGGAAAUUGUAGCUGUGAACAGAUUUGUUCAUUAGAACAUAUUCACACGUUUACUAGCAGUAGUAAUGUGGAACUUCGUUGGUAUUCUUUCAAAAUAUUAUCAAAAUCUUUGAAUAUUACAGACACUGAUUCUUACAUGCAAACUUGGUUCACUUUAAAUGAAUAUGAACAGAUGAUGUUAAAAGAUUCUUUAAAAAGAGUUGAUCAUAGAACUUUGUCUGAAGUAAAAAGGGGAGGUCAUUCAGCUUCAAGAACCCUAUUCUUAGAUAAAAGCAACUUCCGUGGUAACUAUGUUCCUGUCAUGAACUUCUUGUUUACCUUUUUUGACAAUGGUACUGAAUUACCACUAGAAUCCUCAAUGGUUUUAACAAAUUCAAUGUAUAGCAACUUAAAAUCACUCAUAUGUGCAGUAUUAUCAAAAUCUGCUGUUCUGUUAUCUGGAGAAAUGGGUUGUGGUAAAACAACCUUGGUAGAAUACUUAGCAGGAUGUCUUGGUCGCACUAAUCCUCCAGGGUUAUUAAAACUGCAACUUGGUGAUCAAACCGACAGCAAGUCAUUGCUGGGAACCUACAUGUGUUGUGAACAGCCAGCGACAUUUAAAUGGCAACCAGGCUCGUUAACACAAGCUGUAAUGCAAGGAAGUUGGGUGCUAUUUGAAGAUAUUGAUGCCGCUCCACCAGAUGUAAUGGCAACUUUAGUUAGCCUUAUCAAAUCAAAAUGUUUGAUUAUACCUGGACAUGGGGAGGAGAUUACACCUGCUGCCGGUUUUCAGAUCUUUGCAACAACGAGGUCUGGACACCACAGUUUCUCACAAAAUCAAAAUAUUUCCAUGCAAAUGCUUGAGAAGUUGUGUCACAGAAUACACAUGGAAGCUCCCAAUAAACAGGAAUUAAUACAGAUUGUUCAGACAAGAUUUAACAAUCUCUCUUCCAUUGCUUCAAAAAUGGUUGAUAUAUAUAGUCUUGUUUCAUCUGACGUUACAUUAGAAUCUGAUAAUGAUGUAGCUCAAACAAAGUUAUCAGCAGGCAGCAGGCAGAGUACACCUCGUGAUUUACUAAAAUGGUGUUGCCAUACAUCAAGAUCAAUCGAACAGUGUAAUCAAAUCCCUGCACAAGAGUGUAUAUUUUUAAAGGCUUUAAAUUGUUUUUGUUUGUCAGUGCCAAAAAUAAAAGACCGCCAUGCUAUCGCAUAUUCUGUUGGAGCUAAACUUGGUUUAACAAAGGAAAAAGUUGAAUAUUAUUUGUAUAAUUACAAACCAACUGUCGUAAAAACGGAUUUCUUUUUUAAAGUUGGUGAAGUAAAGUUAAAUAAAGAGGUAUGUAAAAAAAUAAACUUGCACUCAUCCAAGCAAAGAUUUUCAUUUACAAGACAUUCCCUGAAACUUUUGGAAGACAUUGCUGAAGGAGUUAUGAAUAAUGAGCCUAUUUUACUUGUUGGAGAAACUGGCUGUGGUAAAACAUCUACGGUUCAGUUCCUGGCAGAACAGUGUGGUCAAACAGUUAAUGUUGUAAACAUGAGUCAACAGAGCGAUAUGGCUGACUUACUUGGGGGGUUUAAACCAAUGGAUAUGGGACAAGUUGUAAAGCCAUUAAAAGAAAUGUUUGUGGACUUGUUCAUUGAGACAUAUUCACAAAAACAAAACCUGAAGUUUUUAGGACAUGUGGAUCAAUGUUUUGGUCAAAAGAAGUGGAGUACACUUAUCAAGUUGUUUGUGUAUUGCUGUCAAAAAGCACUAGGGAGAAAAAAGAAGGACACAGAAGACGAUGAAAUAUUCAAAAGUUUGGGAGCAAAAUGGGAGGCUAUGCUUUCAGACGUUAAUUCUCUGGAAAAGAAACUUUCCACUCAAGAAGGAUUAGUGUUCAACUUUGUUGAAGGAACUUUAGUUAAGUCUAUUAGGUCCGGUUAUUGGAUUUUACUGGAUGAAAUAAACUUAGCAACAGCUGAAACAUUGCAAUGUUUAAGUGGCUUGCUGGACAGCCAAUCCGGAUCCAUGGUGCUAACAGAGAGAGGGGAUAUCAAUCCAAUAACACGUCAUAAAAACUUUCGCUUGUUUGCAUGCAUGAAUCCUGCAACUGAUGUUGGCAAGAAAGAUCUCCCAUAUGGUAUAAGAAAUAGAUUUUCGGAAAUAUAUGUUGAUGAAAUGGAUGAUGCAUCUGAUUUAAAAACAUUAGUUGCUUAUUACCUGAACAACUUAAAUGUAUCUUCGGACAUUAUCAGUGGCAUUGUUAACUUUUACUUCACCAUUCGGAAUCUUGCAAAAGACAAACUUGUUGAUGGUUCUGGUUACAGGCCACAUUACAGCUUGCGAACACUGUGUCGUGGAUUACAAUAUGCAGUUAACCAAUUAAAUUGCCCACCUCUCAGAGCUGUUUAUGAGGGUCUAUGCAUGAGCUUUUUAACACAACUUGAUCGACCGUCACAUCCACUGGUGACUGCACAUAUUAAGAAAAAUGUGUUUACAAAUGUGAAAAACGUAUCAAGUAUAUUGUCUUCACCAUUGCCUAAACCACAGCAUGGAAACAACGUUUCUGUUCAAGGAUAUUGGAUUAGUGUUGGUAGUAAAAAGGCUUUUAAUGAUAAAGGUUAUGUGGUGACAACAAGUGUAAGGAAAAAUUUGCAAGACCUAGCAAGAGUUGUGGCUGGAAGAAAGUAUCCUGUGUUACUGCAAGGCGAAACAUCUGUUGGGAAAACAAGUUUAAUAUCAUAUCUUGCAAAGUUAACAGGUAACCACUGUGUUCGUAUAAACAAUCAUGAACACACAGAUAUUCAGGAAUAUAUUGGUUGCUAUGGUGCGGAUGACAAUGGAAAUCUUAUCUUUAAAGAAGGUGUUCUUGUAACAGCCAUGCGGAGAGGUUACUGGAUCAUUUUAGAUGAAUUGAAUUUAGCACCAACAGAUGUUUUAGAGGCACUAAAUAGGCUACUGGAUGAUAACAGGGAGUUAUUUAUUGCUGAAACGCAAGAAACAAUCAAAGCCCAUCCACAUUUUAUGUUAUUUGCAACACAAAAUCCUCCAGGUCAUUAUGGUGGAAGGAAGAUUUUAUCAAGGGCAUUUCGAAACAGAUUUGUUGAAUUACAUUUUGAUGAAAUUCCAAGCAAAGAACUGGAAGAAAUUCUUCAUAAACGCUGCAAUUUACCACAAUCAUACUGUCGUAAAUUUGUAAAAGUUAUGCUUGAUCUACGAGUCAGAAGACGCAACUCUGGUAUUUUUGCUGGCAAGCAUAGUUUCAUGACACUUCGAGACUUGUUCAGAUGGGCAGAACGAUAUCGACUCUCUGAGAAUGUUGAUGGAUUAUAUGACUGGGAACAGUGUAUUUGUGAAGAUGGUUAUUUGCUGAUAGCUGGUCGAUGUCGCAAAGAAGAUGAGACAUUCUUAAUUAAAGAGGUUUUGGAGCAAAACUUUAAAAAGAAAAUCAAUCUCAAGAGUUUGUAUGGUGGUAAUGCGUUGUCUUCCUCUAAGUUAUCAAAAAAGGUACUAAAUUGCACACUUGAAGAAUUUAAGCAUAUUGUGUGGACAAGUAACAUGAAACGGUUGGCAUUUCUUGUGGGAAGAGCUCUCCAGUUUGGUGAAGCAGUAUUACUGGUGGGUGAAACAGGUUGUGGAAAAACUACGAUAUGUCAGCUGUUUGCUUCAAUCAAUGCACAGCAGCUUUAUGCCGUAAACUGCCAUAUGCACACUGAAUCAGCAGAUUUUCUUGGAGGUCUACGCCCUGUUCGAGCCAAGGAUACAGAUGACAAAAGAUUGUUUGAGUGGUGUGAUGGCCCAUUAGUAAAUGCAAUGCGUGAAGGACAGAUGUUUUUAAUUGAUGAGAUAUCAUUAGCUGACGAUUCUGUGUUGGAAAGACUAAACAGUGUCCUUGAGACAGAUCGAUUGUUAGUUUUAUCUGAAAAAGGAGAAGUUGAAAAUAAAGUUGGUAAUAUUGAUAUAAUAAAAGCGAAAGAAUCUUUUCGUCUUAUUGCAACAAUGAAUCCAGGUGGUGACUUUGGCAAGAAAGAGCUUUCGCCUGCAUUGAGAAAUCGUUUUACAGAAAUAUGGUGUUCACCAUCAGAUAGUUAUGAUGAUUUAAAAAAGAUUAUUGAACAUAAUAUAAAGUAUGGAUUAAGCUUGAAAGCAUUUGCUAGCUGCCAAACUUCAGGUUUUGGAGAUGCUAUUGUUGAUUUCCUCAAGUGGUUUAAAGAAACAGAAAUUGGCAACAGAUUUACUAUCAGCAUUCGUGAUCUGCUUUCGUGGGUUCAGUUUGUAAACACAGUAUGUAAAUUUGAAGAAAAUGAUGCAGCGAUGGAAGAGCUUGAAAACCUCUCCGCUGCAAUCAUAUCUGCUGAGCAUGCAUAUGUUCAUGGUGCUUGUUUGGUCUUCAUUGAUUCUAUUGGUUCAGGAAAUUCUUCACAAGUAGCUGGCACAAGGGCUGCUAGUAUUAAAACACAAUGUAUCAAUUUUCUGCACAAACAAGUUGGAUUGGAACCAGUCUCAGUUGCACCAGCAAUUUAUUUUACAAAUCGUAACACCUUUAGCAUUGGCCCUUUCCACAUACCUAAAGGACAUUUGGCAGUAGCUGAGAGAGACAGCUACAAUCUGUCUGCGAAAACAACACUAAAGAACGCACUACAUUUACUUCGAGGUUUACAACUUACAAGGCCAAUUUUGUUAGAAGGAUCACCUGGUGUAGGAAAAACUAGUUUAGUGAUGGCUGUGGCAAGAUUAUCUGGACACAAUAUUAUAAGAAUAAACUUGUCAGAAGAAACUGAUGUUUCAGAUUUAUUUGGAUCGGAUUUACCUGUAGAAGGGGCUACAGGAGGAACUUUUGCUUGGAGGGAUGGACCACUACUGAAAGCUUUAAAAGCUGGAAACUGGGUGGUGUUUGAUGAGCUUAACCUUGCAUCACAAUCUGUAUUGGAAGGUCUGAAUGCAUGUUUUGACCAUCGUGCUGAAGUUUAUGUGCCCGAAUUAAACAAAACAUUUCAAGUUCAAAAAGAGAAGACAAAAAUAUUUGCUUGUCAAAAUCCAUUGCGUGAAGGUGGUGGAAGAAAAGGAUUACCAAAAUCUUUUUUAAAUAGAUUUACAAAAGUUUAUGUUGAUGCAAUGACACCAGAAGAUUUCCAUCUUAUUAUUAAAACUGCUUUCCCUCAAAUUGAUGAAGUGAAAAUCCGUAAUAUGAUUAAAUUUAAUGCCACUUUGCACAAAGACAUAGUUGUAGAUGGAAAAAUUGGUAGAAAAGGAAGUCCAUGGGAGUUUAAUAUCCGUGAUAUAGUCAGGUGGUGUGAGCUUCUAUCAUCUUCUGGUGAGGAUGAUCCUGGAAAGUUUGUUGGGUUGUUGUAUCAAGAUCGUAUGAGAAUUGUUGAAGACAAACAGCAGGUGAUUAAAAGAUAUCAAAAUAUCUUUAAGGAUUUCAGCCUACCUGAAAGAUGUAAAACACGGCAAUGUCAUUUGAAACUGACAUCAUCAGAAUUUACGAUUGGUUCAACCAGCAUUAAGAGACACAAUGACAUGUGUUCUCCCCAGAGACAAAAUUAUCAGUUGUUGCGAUCAAGUAUACCUCACUUAGAGUCACUCAUGAUGUGCGUAAAAAUGAAGUGGUUAGCUAUCUUGGUUGGGUCGGAGGCAACAGGAAAAAAUUCAUUAGUGCAUAUUCUUUCCAACAUAUCAGGUAAAAAACUAGAUGUGCUUUCAAUGAAUAGUGGUAUGGAUACGUCUGACUUUGUUGGUGGUUUUGAACAGCUUAAUGUAUCGUUUCACAUAAAGAAGUUUUAUAAAGAUGUGUCUGCGUUGAUAGACACAAUGUUAUGUCAUUGUUUGCAGCAUAACCCACAUGGUGAAUUUACGCUGCUUUUUCAAAUAAAAGAAAAGCUGCUUGAAAAUUCACAAGCUGUUACACAUGACAAUGAGAGGAAUUUAGAUGAAUUGAGUGCAAGUUUUGAUGUAAUGAUGGAUAAAUACAACCAAGUAUUACAGUCAUUCUCUGCAUUAAGAGAUUUUAAAGAAAAAUUGACCAAGUUACGUCAAACAAUUGCACAGAGUAGGGAAAGCAAAGGACAAUUUGAAUGGGUGGAUGGCAUUUUUGUCAAUGCUUUAAAGAAGGGCCAUUGGCUGCUGAUUGAAAAUGUAAAUUUUUGCAGCUCGUCUAUAUUGGACCGAUUAAAUGCGUUACUGGAACCGAAUGGAGUUUUAACAAUAGAUGAAAGGGGUGUGAUAAAUGGUGAAAUACCAGAAGUGGUACCUCAUCCAAAGUUCAGGUUGUUUAUGUCAAUGGAUCCAAAAUAUGGCGAAAUAUCUCGUGCUAUGAGAAACCGUGGUGUGGAAAUAUACAUACCAUCAGAGCGAGAUGGUGUUAUUUUGGAUACAAUUGAUAUCAAUCUGUUAAUGAAGUCAAAAGCCUUGAGUGACCAUUCAAUGAUAUCCUUUAUCCAAAAAAUUCAUCUUGAAGUUAAGAGAAACAACAAUAAUGUCAGGUCAUCAAAAAUGUUGCAAGCUUCAUCUUUGACUUCUAAACUUCUUACAAAUGGAUGCAGUAAAGAAACAGCUGUGAAGCAAGCUUGCUACGAAGUAUAUUGUAAAAGCGAACUGACUUUUCAUAUGAAAAUGAGUAUCAGUCAAUUUAUCACUGAAGCCUCAUUAGAUGAAUUUCACAACAGUAAAAUUAAUUCGUUAAUACCUUGUGUUAAUGACUACUGUGAUUCACCUACACUUGUGUUUUGUCAGCGUGAUAGUAUCCCUAUUCAAACUGAUGUUUUCAAAGACACUAUUUCAUCAAACACAGCUUUGUUGUUGUUUAUCGAGCGUUCAUCAGCUUCCAAUAUGAUAUUACGACUGUCUUACCUAACGCAACAUUUGACUAAUUCUUUUAACCUGGACAGCAUUAUGGCUUUUAGGAAAUGGUUUUUAAAUGCAGAAGUACAAAAUCAUGAUGGAAGUCAUACAAUAUGUGAAAGUCUGAAUUAUUACCCUGAUUGUCUUUCUUUACAUGCUGCAAGAAAGUACUUCUUCCUGCUUAUCCAACAACUUUAUGGUUUGGAUCAAGUUCUAACUGAUAGAAGCCCUGCCAGUCAAUCAAUCAUGUCAAUUUCAAAGUCUUUCACUGAAGGAAAGUUGUCAACGAUUUUUCUCCAACACAAGUCUCUGAUGUUUAUUUACAAAUUUUGUAAUUUGAUGCUUGCGUUCAUCAGAGAAACCUGGUUUAAGGAGCUAACAAUAAAUGAAACCUCAUAUUUUGCAACACUGGAAAAUUCAUUUGCAUGGUUUUACUUAUUUGUUGGAUAUUGCAAGACUGAAAUCCCUCGAAUGUCAAUAUCAACACACUUGUUCUCGCUAAGUUCCUUAGCACUGCAUUGGAAAUGGAUGAAAGAAAGAUUUCUUAUAAAUUUUAUUUCAUCUGUACCAAAUGAUUGCAAGUUUAUAAUAGAUCAGUUAGACAUGGUAAUUGGGCAUGAUCAAAUUGGUAGUAUCAUGUAUGGUAUUGUGAAUUUAAUUGGAAGACCAAAAGGGUUUUUGUAUAUUGGACAAUUUGAGAUGAUGAAUGAGCUUCUCGAAAUGUAUAACGAAAUGCAAUGUGAAAGCAUCCAUAACAGCAAAACAUCAUUAAGACAUUCUGUGAUUGGGACUGUGAAAGAAGUUUGGUGUAAUAAAACUCUCAAAAAUGACGUGAAACAUAAAGCAAACAUGUUAAAAUCAGAAAUGCAAGAAUAUUGUGUUACUAGCACAAUAAAUCCAAUGACAAAGAAUUGUUUAGUUCUAAGCAAAAGUAUUUUUCAUUUGUCUUUAUGCGGCUUUCUGACGAAAGCUGUGUUUUGUUUGGAUGAUUGGAACAAAAAAUAUUUGGAAGUUCUACUGCAAUAUGGCCUCACCUACCACAUUGCAAAUGGAGAUCAGUUGAUGGUACUAGAUACCUUCAGAGAAUACAAUAAUCAAAAGCAUUGCCAUAUCCUUCCAUAUUUACAAUCGAAUAUGUACUCUGUUUUAUUCAAUGCUGUAUCUACUUUCUUUUUGGAAAAUGAUGAUUUAUCAUCAAGCACAAAGCGCAUAACACUUUCUCCAUCCUUUCCAAUUUUAUCAAUAUUACAAGAUUUGAUAAACACAGAUAGCAAAGAUUAUGUUCUGGAUAUAUCCCUUCAAAGUUUUAGAGAAACUAUGGAUAUGCUGAGUCAUGUUCAUGUAUUGUUAUGGUCAAAUAUGGAUAAGAUGCUAUCAUUUAAUAGCAUUUAUAACUAUCAUUUAAAUUUACAGUCAUGGUGUGACAAUGUCAAGAUUUUAAAUGCACUUGGUACAACAUUUAAUAAAGGCACUCACCACAAUUUGGUUAUAAAUGAAGCAGAUUACAAAAUAAAUAGAAAUGCAGUUAUUGGUCAAAUCUGUCACGUCAUGAAGACAAUAGACAUGUCAAGUUUGUUGUUACCAAGUACAAGUAUGAUUGUAAACACUAUUAUAGAAACGCAAGAAGAAUGUACAAACAAUGUAAGUGUUAAGUCUGCUGAAACAGAGCAAAUAUUUGUUGCAAUGCAAAUGUGUUUAUCAGGUCUUCUUAUUCUUGACAUAUCAAGACCGUAUUUGAAAUAUGAUCCAGUAGAAGAAGUUAGUAUGAGAUUAAAGAAUCUAAAAGAACAGCUCUAUUCCAUUAAUACGGAGUUAAAAGUUCGGUACGAUGCAGAGUAUAUCUGGUCAGGUUUUGAAUCUCCAAGUUUUAAAGAUUUUACUGUCAAAGUUGAGCAUUUUACCUCGAACCCAGAAAGAGUACACACUCUUCUUAAACGUAGAGAGAUGAUUGCCAGUGAAAUUCAAGCUAUUCAAGAUGAAGAAACUAUUCGUCCAACACCUUCAGAGUACAAUGUUCUUUAUCAAGAUUUUCAACAUUUCAUGGAGACUAUAGGUGAUAUAUCCAAGAUUCUAUCACUUAUAAAAGAACAGAAAAGACUUCUACUAAAUUGUACAAGUAGUUUGUCGCAAAUCAAAAGCAUGCUAAGUGUCGUCCAGAAAUCUAAGUUAUGGGUCAACUCUGCUCAUAAGUUUGUGGAGAAAAUAAAGACUUCAUUUCCCUUGUACAAUGACAUAACAUUGCUCCCCUGUUAUGGUUUGCAAAAAUGCAAAAAUGGAUCGCUGAUAAUGAUUGAUUGCAUCAAUCAGAAACUACAGCAGUUACAAUUCAGUGAAUCUGCAACUGUGCAUUUACCAUCACAAUUUUUUGAUCAUCUCUGCAAUUCACAUGCCAAUCGUCCUAUUAAGAAUACGGAAUACAUGUGUCGGAGUGAUGUAAUGGAAUUGAUAAAUUACUUAUCGAAAGAUACAUCUGGAAGACUUGUUGGAGUCCAAUCCACGGUGCUCAGUUUCGCAUUAUUCAGUCUCAAAAAGCACUUUUGCUUUGGUGAAAGUCACAGAAUGUUUGCUCAGGACCAAUCACAUUUUUUCACAUUAUUGAAAAUAAUCUUAGAUUAUGCUUAUUUGUUUUGGUGUGAUCAGAAACAGAAGCAAAUUGAAGAAGAAGAAAAGAAAGCCUCAUUGUACAAAUUUCGUGCAGAAAUUCAUUGCGAAGAAAAAACGGACGAAGAAGAAACAUUGGAAUCACAAAAUAAACUAUUUCCAACUUUUGAAAAUGAGUUUGAAGAUUUAAUCAUUACAGACUCUUUAAACAAUCCCGAUUCAGCUGAAAAGAAAGAAAAUAGCAAUGAAAGCAAACAUGAUGUUAAAAUAGAUGAGGAUGUUAUUUUUGAGUUAGUUAGAGAUAUCUAUUUCCAUCGUUGCGAGGAAGAUCCAUCAACACUUGUGAAUAAUACCUUAGUCCAACAAGCACUAAAGUUAUUAAAAAUUCCACAAGUGUUUACAUGUUUGGAUUAUGAAACGGUUCCAUACAUAUUGCUACUUACAAUAUCAAAAAUGUUGGAUAAUCUGUCGAAAGAUACAGUGUUAGAUCCUACUGUAUUCAAUAUAUACUCUGAUCAUUGUGUUCAUGAAGCACUACAAACAAGAGAUAUUUUGAUUGAAUUUACUCAGUACAUCGAAAGUUUAUUGUCUCAGUUUGAAGAACAUCCAGCACUUCUUCAGAUUAAGGAAAUAAUCCAAAGAAUUUUAUCAUUUUCUAUAUACAGUCCUUUGAUGAAGUUUGUGACCGGUUUUGAACUUCUCCUCAAACAAGCCCAGAACUGGGAAAUGUAUGCUGGAAAGCAUGUUUCAUUACGAAAACAUCUUGAGGAUAUUUCAUCGAAAGUAAUUGAAUGGAGAAAGCUUGAACUUAAAAGUUGGCCAUUGUUGCUUGAGAAAGCAGAGAAGAAGAUAACACAAUCUGUUUCAAAAUGGUUUUUUCAGUUUUAUAAUUUGAUGGAGGAAUCGAGAAAAAAAGAAGAAGCUGAUAUACAAGUUGAAAAAGAUGCUGUUGUAACAGCAGUGAAAGAAUUCUUUGAAGGAUCCACUAUUGGAGAAUUUCAAGCCAGACUUGAAAUGAUUGAAACCAUUUUAAUGCAUCUCCAAACACACAAUAUCUGUAAAGAUCUUCAAAAUGGUGUUUGGAAUGUCUUUAUGUAUUACACGCAGUUUGUAACACCUGUUUUACAAUUCAAACAAGAUGCAAAGAGACCUAUUGAGAAGGAAUUAAAGGACUAUGUCAAAAUUGCUAAAUGGAAUGACAUUAACUUUUACGCAAUGAAAGAAGCUGUUGACAAAUCACAUCGAACUUUGAAUAAGUUUGUGCGAAGAUACGAGCGUGUUCUUCAAGAACCAAUCCAACAAUUUCUGCAAGAUACAAAAAAAUUUAUAACUCCAUCACCAUUUGAAGGCAAGCAGUUUUACUAUGAUGAUAGUAAAUAUGAGGCUAUUCUAUUGACGCAAGCAGAUGUUCUUCCAAUUGAUGACUUUGGUGAUUUGUAUUUGAAUAAAAUCAACAACUUGCAGUUGAAGAUAAAGAAAUACAUGAAAGAAGCUUAUACUAAGAUGAAGUAUGGAAUGCUGAUUGAGAAUUUAGAUGGAUUUACUGGUGAUAUUAUUGAUGGUAUUAAAGAACUUCAAACAGAAGAUGUCUUGGCUUUACCUAAAGAGAAACAAAAAUCAGCCAGAACGAAUCUCCAGCAAAGAAAACGCAAAGGACUUGCUAGUUUGUUUAAAGAAUUGAAAUUAAUAGGUAUAUCGUACAGAAAAGGUCAACAAAUAUCAGAAGAUGUUCAAAUUAAUCUACCAAUAAUUAAAGUCCAAAACUUUUUCAGAAAUGAUGACUCAGCAUAUUUGGCUAAGAUGUUACAUUCUUGUAAUGAUUAUUUUUUUGGUUGUAUGGCAAAACAAGCAAUGUUUCAAUCUGCGUCUCUUGUGCCAUCAAAGGAGUUAGGACCUGGUGAAGUGACGAGGUUUAAAGGUCUAACUGCUCAUCUAUUUCACAUUGCAUGCGAACAAAGAGAGCGGUUGCAUAAAGUUUUAACAGCUCACACAGAUAUCAGUCACAUGGUUGCCAAAUUUAAAGGCAUUGAAAAUUCGUUGGACCAAGAAUCUCUUCUUCCAUCUCAAAAAUUCACAAAAAAUUUUUUACUUAAAGUCAGAGAUCAUAUUUCGCAGUCAUUAACCCGCCUUCAGUACUUCAAGGAACUGUUGCUUGCUUGUCCUAAAAACCAAGUAGACCAAAUUCUUUCACCUUUUUCCAGUGAUGAGCUAUCAUCUGCAGCUUUGUAUAAGCUAGGUGAUGAAAAUAUGAAUGAAAUACUUCGGUUGCUUCAGAGUGUCACUGAUGUUCAUUGUGAGUUGAAGAAUGAAAUGGAUAACAUGCAGUUUGACGAACAAAAGUUUCCAUUAUUGAUCUGGUCUCACAGCACAUUCAUUACACAUGCAUUGUCCAAGUUACAAAAUGAAUUAACAACAAUUGAUCGAAUCGUUCAACCAUUCCUCUCUCCAAUAGAUUCACAAGAAAGAUGUUUAGCUGAAGUACUUGUAAACAUAAAGAAGGAUUUGUUGACGCUGACAAAAAUGUUUGAUGUUACAAGUCAGCAUGAAAGUCAAAACAAAAGUACUGUCACACCAGAUUUGUUGUUAAACAAGGUUGAGACUUUUAUUCAGCGUUUGUUAUUAUGCGUUCAGUCUGUUAUUAAAAAGGCUGAUGAAUAUCAACAAACACUCGACGAUCUUCAAGACACUGAAGUUUCAAUGCUUAAAGGUCAUCUCUCUCCAUUGCUUACGACAAAUUUUUUAAAGCACAUGCAAUCAUUUGAUUUGGAUUGCAUAGUGACUUCGUGUAACGAUUUCAUUAAACAGUUGUCAUUGGUGUUUGAAGAAGGUAUAGACGAAUCGCCAGUUUACAAAGCAUCUCUCAACAUGCUUCGUCUUUUGGAAGAAUUCGAUGGUCUGCUUAAAUUCUACGUUUUUCACUCGAUUAUGCUGCAUAGGACUUGCUGCAAGUUGUUGUUUGUCCUGUAUGAGCUUUUCACCAAUCUACUUAAAGAGGGUUAUUGUGUCCCACCUGAAGAAGACACUAGUAUGAGUGGUGAAGGUGCUACUGAGUUUGAAGAUAUUCAAAAUGGAGGUCUUGGUGAGGGAGAAGGAGCUAAGGAUGUCAGUGAACAAAUUGAAAGUGAAGAUCAGUUAGAAGACACGAAACAUGAAAAAUCAGAAGAGCAGAAAAAAGAGGAUGAUGAAGAUGAUAUCGCAGAGGAGAAAGAAGGGGUCGAAAUGAGUGACGAUUUUGAAGGGAAACUACAGGAUCUUGAAAUGGACGAAAAACAAUCAUCUGGUGAAGAAGAAGAAAAUGAAGAAGACGAAGACGAAGCUGAUAAACAAAUGGGAGAAGUAGAUGAUGAACAAGAAACACUCGACGAAAAAAUGUGGGGAGAUUCUGAUCACGAAGAUGAAAAUGAGAACGAAAAAAAAGAAGAGAAGGGGAAAGGAGCUGAAGGGGAAUCAGAAUCCCAACUUGUUGCUAAUGAGGAUAACAGAGGGGAACAAGAAGGUGAAGAAAAAGAGAAAAAAAAUGAGAAAGAUAAACUGAAAAAUGACCAACAAGAAUCUGGUGAUUUUGAUGAACAAAAUGAAAUAGAUGAUGGUACGCAACAAGAAGAACAAAACAAUGUGGACGAAUUUGAUGUAAACAAAGAUGAUAUGGAUAUUCCUGAUGAUAUAAAUCUUGAUGGAGAUGAGAAAGAUGGAGAGGACAAUGAUGACGAUGAGAAUGAUGAAGAUGGGGAAGAUGAAAUAAAGGAGGACGAUCACAAUGAGCAAACAGAAGAAACAAUGGAUGAAGAGCAGUUAGAAAAUCAAGAUCAAGAGGCGCUUGAGAAGGGAGACGAGGAGGAACAGGAUACUAGAGAUGAUAAAAGUAACGAAGAUCUUAACACAGAAAAUAGACUUCAACAAGACGACGCGACACCUGUUGAUAAUGUCGAAGAAGCUCCGUCUGAUGUCGUAAUCAAAUCGAGCACAACGGAGUCAUCUCAACAAGAAAAUUCAAAUGAUCAAGGUGUAGGUGCUGCAGAUGCUGAAGGUGAAGACGGUCACCAUGGUAAUGAAAAUGCUGUCUCCAAGCAACGCAUGGAAAAACAAAAAGGAAGAAAAAGGAAAGAGAUGCAGCAUGCAAAUAAAGAUCGUUCGUUGCAGAAAGAUGACAUACAAGGAGCGAAGAAACGAAAAGCUAUGGAUGUCGAAAAUAUUGAUGAUGAGAAAGAUGAUGAACAGGAGAAGCCCUCAAAUGAUGCUGACACUUUCCAGCAUAUGAAAGACGAUAGUAUGAAAUUUGACGAACUUACUAUUGACACGGCUACAAAAGAACAGUUAAACGAACAUUCUCAAACGAUGAAGAAGAAUGAUGACGAUGAUGUUGAAAUGGAAAAUGAAGCCGACGUGUCUGGCGAAGAAGAAGAAGAAGAAGGAAUUCAAGAAGACAAAGAUGAUGUAGUAAAUAAAAAGGAUGCAGUAUCAUCAAAAUCCUACGAUAUACAUGGUGAGGUGGAGGACGAAUCCAUAGAAGAAAUCAAAAAUGAAGAAGAAAAGAGAAAAUUUGAAGAUAUGGAAACAGAUGAAGAACGAGAAAUUAAAACUGAUUUCUUCACAUCUACAACACUCUUGGAAGCACCUUUGCAAAAUAUUCACGAAAAAGAAAACUUCAUAGAAGAAUUACGGCAUGAAUUAGAAAAUGAAUUAGUUUCUCUUUCUGUCAACAAAUCGAAAAUAAACGAUGAAAAAAUUGCUAUGGAAUUAUGGAUGAAGUUUGAAAAGCUGACGUCAGGAUUAGCGCAGCAGUUAUGCGAACAGUUAAGGUUAAUAUUGGAGCCAACUGUUGCCAGCAAAAUGAGAGGAGAUUACCGCACUGGAAAGAGGCUGAACAUGCGUAAAGUGAUUCCUUAUAUAGCGAGUCAGUUUCGUAAGGAUAAGAUUUGGUUACGACGAACAAAGAAAAGCAAACGAAAAUAUCAGAUUAUUAUGGCUGUCGAUGAUUCAUCUAGUAUGACUGACAACCAUUCGAAACAACUUGCUUUUGAAUCACUUGCAGUUAUCAGCAACGCUUUAAGAUGGCUUGAAGCUGGUGAUUUAGCUGUAUGUAGCUUUGGGGAGGAAGCACGACUUAUUCAUUCGUUUGACGAACCCUUCAGUGAACAUUCAGGAGCUUCCAUUCUGCAGCAAUUUACUUUUGAACAAAAGAAAACAAAAAUAGCUCAGUUACUGAACAUGUGUACGGUCUUGUUGAACGACGCAAAGUCGCAUCAGAGAAGUGGGAACGCGGUGUCGCAGUUGUUACUUAUAGUUUCAGAUGGCAGGGGAAUAUUUUUAGAAGGAAAAGAGGCGGUGUUGAAAGCAGCGUCACAGGCUAGAGAGUCUGGUAUUUUUACCGUCUUUCUUAUUAUGGACGAUCCAAAAAAUCGCAACUCUAUCCUCGACAUAAAAGUUCCAAUCUUCAACCCUGCUGGUGGCAUUCCAGAAAUUAAAUCAUAUAUCGAAGAAUUUCCGUUUCCAUUUUACCUGCUUCUUCGAGACAUCAAUUCUCUACCUAAUGUUCUUAGUGAUGCGUUGAAGCAAUGGUUUGAAUUAGUGACGCAAACCACGUGAUCAAGAGUUGGUGCGAACCAGGCGUAUCUAUUGUAUGAAAACUGUACUGGUUUCUAUAUGUUGCAUUAAGAGUAAUCGCGAAUAAGAUGUUUUGGGGUGAAAUAUUUUCAAUUCGACGACAUUUUAUUUAUCGUAUUUAAAGCAUAAAAUUUUAGACAGUAUAAUUUUAUAUACAUAGAAAAUUUUAUAAACUUCUUGACUUAGAUAUGAAAAGUAAAUUAUUUUUAACCUGAAAACAAUUUCUUUAUCGUGUUUAAUACGUAUCUUAAUAUACGAAAUUUUUGGGUGUUAUUUUUGUGCCCGAAAGGCGAGGGAAUAGUUAAAUUUCCAUGAAAUUAGCCUAUUUAUCGUGAAUUAAGUGCAAAAUUGUUUUCCCCAAACCCUAGAAUUUGAAUUUAAUUGUGCUGUAAUGGCAAAGAAAGAAACUUGUUAAAGAAGUCUUUAUCUCUUAUGCUAAUGAAAAACGCUGUACCCUAAAAAUACUGAUUUUGCAAAAAUUUGAUGUACGAUUUUACGAUGUUCGUAGUGUUAUAUUCUACGUUGCGCUUGUAUGUGCACAUGUAGACGCCAUCUUGUUGGUGGAGCUGGAUUAACAACAUUACUAAAUAUGCAGCAUGUUAAGAAAGAAAAAAAUAUGCCUAAAAUUAUCUAGACAGUAUUGUCAUUGCAUCCUCUGUAACAUGAAUUUGAUUUUGUUUUAUUUAAUUUUUUUUGUGUGUUCCAGAUUUUACAAGGUAUACAUCUGUCUUAUUUUAACGCGAUUCUUGUA